GUCAAAAAUUAGAAAAAAUACUAAGUUCAUGUAUUAGUGAAUAGAAAAGAAAACCAUGUUAAAUUUCAGAAAACGAUAAAAAUUUGUAUAUUUACGUGCGACUAACAGUAGAAAAUUUAUUUAAAAAGGCUAUUCUAUAUUUUGAGGUUUUCAACACCACCGUUUCCGAAACCCUGAAAUUCAGAGUCGAUUAAAUUUGCUGCAAGCACUUUCAGGUGCUUCUCUCUCUCUCAAGGUGUGGGCAGGGCAGACGAGAAGUGUUGAAAUUUCAUUUUGUAUAAAUUUGAAAACUGAGAAUGUUGUCAAAGUCGAAGAUUUUCAACUGUUCGUCGCUGCGGCAGGCUUCAUUUUCCUUAAAGAAUAUUUAUACAGGAGACUAUGCUAUUAAUGUAAAUGGAGUUAGGUCUGCAUUGCUCAAUAGGUUUUGCACUGUUGCUGAGCCACUGAAUGCCGAUGCCUUACCAACAGCGGAUGAGUCGCCUGAGCUUCCCGAUUGGGUUAAAUCUUCUGGUGAGGAGGCGGAGACGGAGCAGACACGUGCUAAGAGGUUGAAGAAUGACGAUUUUGUGCCUCCCUCGGUAUCUUACUGGAUCGAGAAUCACAAGAUUCAUGCUCAAGAUGUUGACAUGAAAAGCGUAGUAAAUGAUAUUGUAGAGACUGAUAUUGAUAAGGUGAGUGAGAUUCUGAAGAAUCAUCACUUUGAAUCCCCCGAUUCAGUUGUGAAAGCUUUGGAGGGUUGUGAUGUGAAUGUGUUCGAGAGUUUGGUUGAGCAAGUGUUGAGGAGGUUCAGCUGCGACUGGAUUCCAGCAUUUGGAUUCUUUAAGUGGGCCGAAAUGCGCAAGGGGAGCACUCAUUCAGCUCACCUAUACAACUUGAUGGUCGACAAUUUGGGGAGGGCGAGGAAAUUUGAUGUUAUGUGGGAACUGGUGGGAGAAAUGAAGAGCGUGGAAGGGUAUGUCACUUUGAACACGAUCACUAAGAUCGUGAGGCGUCUUGCAAGGGCUGGUAAGUAUGAUGAUGCAGUGGAGGUGUUCGAGAAGAUGGAGGUGUACGGAGUGGAGAAAGACAUUACAGCAAGGACUAUGGUGAUGGAUGCAUUGGUGAAGCAAGGAAGCGUUGAGCAUGCUGAACGACUCCACCUCGAUUACAUGGAUCGAAUCCCUCCUAAUUUGUCGACCUACAAUGUGUUAGUCCACGCUUGGUGUAAAACUAGGCAGAUGGAGAAAGCUAAAAAGAUGAUUGAUGAGAUGAAGGAGCUCGGGUUCUCCCCGAAUGCAGUCACCUACACUAGUGUGAUCGAGAGCUACUGUCGUGAGAGAGAUUUUCGCAAAGUUGAGGCCACGCUGGAGGAAAUGAAGGGGAACGGUGUGCAGCCUAGUGUGGUGACAUACACUAUCAUAAUGAACGCGCUGUCAAAGGCGAGAGAAACGGAUAAGGCUCUGCAGAUUUAUGAGCAGAUGAAGCAGAAGGAGUGCGCCCCCGAUGCUGCCUUCUACAACGUGUUCAUCCAGGCUCUAGGGCAAGCAGGCAGGCUGAGGGACUCGGAUGCUGUCUUCGAGGACAUGCUGAGGCAGGGAGUUUCCCCGAACACGGGUACCUACAACACGCUGAUCCUGAUGGCUGCCAACAGGUUGGAAGAGGAGAAGGCUCUGAAGAUGCUGAGGAAAAUGGAGGAGGAGGGGUGCAAGCCUGAUAGGUACACAUAUGCGCCGUUGUUGAAGAUGUGCUGCAUAUUGAACAGAAUGAAGGUGCUGUCGUUUCUGCUGAGCCACAUGUUCAAGAACGACGUGGGCAUGGAGCUCGGGACCUACUCGAUGUUGGUGAAUCGGCUCUGCAGGAACGGGAGGCUCGAUCGUGCUUUUACCAUCUUCCAGGAGAUGCUGCGCAAGGGCUUUGUUCCCAUGGAUUGUACGUAUCAAAUUCUUGUUCAAGGCCUCGAGAGGAAGGGAAUGCUGCAGGAGAAGCAACAACUUCAAGAAUUGAUGUCUCAGCCAUCCUAGGAUUCGAUCAUCUCAUCAUUUUCCAUCUUUUCUUUGUUUUUGAUGCCAGACAUAACCAUGCCUAUUUCUUUCUGUUCUUUUUUGCGUUAUAUAGUCUGGGUAAUCACACUGAACAAAAUAGUUGGAGGAAAAAUAUAUUUACAAAA